UUCACCUUUUUGAAUCUUCAUUUUCUCCCUUCACGUUAUUCCCAUAUCCUAUUUCACUUCCUCUGCAUGCACUUCAUGAAUAAUACUUAGCACCUUCUUCAUCUUGUUUUUUCUUUUGAUCAUUCCUGUCACAUUCAUCACCUUUUUUUCAUUUUUCGUGUUAAACUAUUCGUUCAAUUGAACGAACAAUAAUAUUAAUAACCAAAAGUAGUAUUAAAACAAUUUAUUAGUAAUAUAGAGAGAGAGAGAGAGGGUACAUUCUCUCUCUUUUUUGGAUCAGUCUCUGUUUCUUAUUCGUUCAAUCGUCUGAGGAUUGAGCAAGAGAUAUACAGAUCUGUAUCUGAAAUGUGAUUUUGAGAUGUGUAGUUUACGAAGAAGAGAAAUUGAGUGAUUGAAAAAAAUGGAAAAUGCUAAUUUCACUGGACUAUUUGCCCUCGAGUGAAGUUCAACUCAGUUGAUUCUCAGAUAAAUCCCACAUGAAGCGAAAGUCUACGCACCACUACAUGAAAGAUCUGACUGUCUAGUCAGAAAGAGUCUUUCUAGAAGCUUUAAUUUAGGAGCGUUUCAUCAAACUAGAAAGAUAUGAAUCUCAGACAGAUGGUCCAAGAUUAAGCUCGUCAAUGUCAUUAGAUAGGAAUAAAGAUCAUGAUCAAGAUUUUCAAAAUUCCGAAAUGCAGGACAGGAAUUUUCAUUCUAUGGACGCGUUAGAGAUUUUGAAGGAAACUGUAAGCAUUCUACGGUAUAAUCCUAUCGGAUUUUUAUCGAUUGGUGCAUUGUUAAUAUGCCCUGUUUCUGCUGUUCAGUUAUCGAAUUUCUUAGUUGAUCAGGCUGUUGUGAAGGAAAUGAGUAUUCGGUUAUUGCUUUUGGCGAAGUCUAGUGGACUCCCACUAAAGCCAUUUAUAGAACAGGCUUGUUUGAAGUUCUCUGAAAUGGUGAUUUCAGCUGUGAUGUGUUUUCCAUUAUACGUUAGUUUGUUGGUGCUGUCGAAAGCUGCUAUAGUGUACUCAGUUGAUUGCACUUACUCGAGGAAGAAUUUUGAUUUAAGAAAGUUUUGUAUUAUUGUAACGAAGGUAUGGAAGCGUAUCGUGGUGACUUAUUUGUGGGUGUGUAUGGUGAUUACUGGUUGUUUAACAUUGUUUAUCGUGCUUCUUGUGUCGGUUAGCAGUGCUUUCUCUGUAAUGGGGUUCCCUCCGGACCUGAUUUUGUACCCCGCGAUGAUAGUAGGGAUUAUUUUCUCUAUGAUUUUAGCAAAUGCUAUGAUAAUUUGCAAUAUUGCUAUUGUGAUAUCUGUUUUGGAGGAUGAUUCUGGACCGGAGGCGUUACUUAGGUCUAGUUCGCUUAUCAAGGGGCAGACACAAGUUGGGCUACUGAUAUUUCUUGGAUCGACUAUUGGGAUGACAUUUGUGGAGGGUUUGUUUGAGCAUAGAGUGAAGAUAUUAAGCUAUGGAGAUGGAUCUUCAAGAAUAUGGGAAGGGCCUCUUUUGGUAAUAAUGUACUCGUUCGUGAUGCUUAUUGACUCCAUGAUGAGUACUGUUUUUUACUUCAGCUGUAAAUCAUAUAGACUGGAAACGUCAAAUGAAGAAACUUUACCUGUAUUAGAAGCCUUGACAAUUUCUUCAGCAUUAGCGGAAGUUCAAUAACAGCGUAUUUGAAAAGUACGGCUUGUAAAGAGAGAUGUUUCUAUAGAUGAUAGUUGGAAGUAUAGAAUGUUGACGCUGAAUUAUCAGAAGAAAGUUCGAUUGAGAUAGCAUAAGUUUAAAUGAUGUACUAUACUUUCGUCAUUCAUAAUGAUAAAGAUAAAGUUAAGUUUUCUUUCAUGAGUUA